UUUCAGAAGAAAGAAGCUGGCAUUCCCAAAAAGCCCAUCAAGGUUGAGGAUAUCCGUGGCUUGAGGGAUGCUGGAUGGACUCCUGAUCAAUAUGGUCAUUCUCGGUUCAAAACAGUGAACUCCUUGUCAGAUCAGAAGUCCUUGACUGCAUUCAUGCGCUCACUCCUGAAAAUAAUGCAUGACCAUCCUGAUUCUUGGCCGUUCAAAGAACCUGUUGAUGCACGGGAUGUUCCCGAUUAUUAUGACAUCAUCAAAGAUCCAAUAGAUUUAAAAACAAUGUCGAAGCGGGUUGAGUCGGAGUUAUAUUAUGUGACAUUUGAUAUGUUUGUGGCGGAUGUGAGAAGGAUGUUUGCUAAUGCUCGCACCUACAACUCUCCCGAGACCAUUUACUACAAAUGUGCAACCAGGCUUGAAUCACAUUUCUCAAACAAAGUCCAAGCUGGUCUGCAAUCUAGCAUCAAGAUUCAGUAGGAAGUUCGUUAAUUAGCUAUUUAGGUUGAUUCUGGUUGAAGUGACUGCACUUGAAUCUCGUCAUAACUGAUGCCUUCUCGUAUCAUUAUAGACCCCGGGGUGGGGUGAGGAUAUUUGUAUAAUUUGUACACUAAGUAGAUGUAUAAUAGUUAUUUUAUUUGUGAGUUUGCACUAGUUGUGUCCCAGUGGCUGGUGGUACUCCAGUAAUCUUAUACUAACGCCAAGGUGGUAGUACAUGUUUUUUUUGUUAGUAAAAGCUGUCACUGACAGGCAUACUUGUAUUAGUGUUAAUGGGCCUGUUAAAUUGUGAAAGCAAUUAGGGAUAUGUGACUUGUUUGGUUA